AUGUUUGUGCCAGAUUUACUACAUGAAUUUGAGCUCGGUGUGUGGAAGGCCGUGUUCUCACAUUUAAUGCGCAUCCUACAUGCAUAUGCCGAGAACAGCAUUCAAAAACUCAACGAAAGAUAUCGCCAGGUAGAAACAUUCGGGCAAGACACAAUCCGAAUGUUUUCAACCAAUGCUUCAGCCAUGAAGAAACUCGCAGCGCGAGACUUUGAAGACCUGCUACAGAAUAUGCUGUUUACGCUAUGUACAUGGCACGCUUACGCAAAGCUGCGUCUUCAGACGACUUCGACGCUCAAUGGGCUCAAAUCCACUACAAAAACCCUUGGCAAACUCCUUCGGGGGUUCGCUAAAGACAUAUGUCCACAUUAUGAUACAGUUGAACUUCCCCAAGAAGAAGCCGCACGAGUACGCCGUCGAGCAAAUGCUGUCAAGAAAGGCAAGAUUCUACCAAAUUCUCGGCGUAAGACUCGUAACUCUGGGCCCAUUGAUGAGGAUGAUUCCACUACCCAGUCAAAGCGCCGAAAAGUCUUUAAUUUAUUAACAUACAAACUCCAUGCUCUUGGAGACUAUGUUGCCUCGAUCUGGAGGUAUGGACCAACAAGUGGCUACUCGACACAGAUUGGAGAGCUUGAACACCGAAGAGUCAAGCGCUUCUAUGCCAAAACAAACAAAGGACGCACCUUUGAACGGCAAAUUACAAGACAUCAAUGUCGAGAACGCCUUCUUCGUACAAUUUCUGAACGUGAAAAAAGAUCCAAAAAGACCUCAACGGAUAUAUUACAACAGGCGCCUUCAAACUACUCUACAUCAAAUGUUUCCAAUGCUCCACACGUUCCAUUCAUUGAAUCAGAUGCACUUCCACCUACUCUACCUCAGCUGCACCAUCAUAUUAGUGCCGACAAGCGCCUCAAAGAUAAUGUCCACCGCUGGCUUUACACAAAUGAGGGUGAUCCUGCUCUCAAGAACUUUAUACGCGACCUCAAGAAUCACCUUUUAUCUCGCCUUCUAGGGCAUACCGCCGACAGUGACGAUUAUCUGUAUUACUCUGAUGAAGACCGCUACAAUGUGCAAAUUGUCAACAACCUCAUGUUCCGACACAAGCUGCUCAGAAUCAAUUACACCACGUACGAUGUGAGGCGCCAACAAGACACAAUCAAUGCUCGAACUCACGCCGAUAUUAUGACACUAUCGGGGAACACGGCUGACAAUGCUCAUCCAUAUGCCUAUGGUCGAGUAUUAGCAUCGUGGACCUCUUUCAACAUCAAACCAAACUCAUCGGAUGAACUUUCUUUGGAUCCUGCAGAUGUCAUACGUGCAUCUCAUCUGAUACCAGCUUUUGCACACGGGCCUACUGAGGAAUAUCUAGGUCCAUCUAUUGCCCGGCCUGUUCUCAAAAACCGAGUCAAUCUGCUGAAUCAAGAUUGGCGAUUCAUGUAUAUUAAUAUGUUUGUUGACCGCGAUAUGUUUGUGAGAUACCUUGGUGGCGGAGUCGGUCACUAUACAACAAAUGAAUACACCAUAAACCUCCGGCCUGACGAUCACGAUGUUCGGAAUGUGUUUGUGGUACCUCACCAUGGUGUAGACGAUACAGGAGUUCAUCUAGAAGACGAGGAUGAAAGCAUGGACUGGCUGGAUGAAGAAGAUACACACCUCCUGAGCAAUGAUGCCGAUGAGCGCCAUUUCUCCGAGGCUGACCCCGAUGAUUUCAACUCUGAAGAUGAUGACUGGGGUUAUAAAUCCCCUACCCACUCGUGCGACGGCUCAGACGAUGAGACAGAUCAUUUGGAUGAUAGUGAAAGUGAUCAUGGGGAGGAUCUUGGUGGGUCUGCGGGCACUAUGGACGAUGAUGGUGUUGGUGGUGGUAUGAUUUAUGAGCCCAACAUUGGUGCGGAGGAUGGCGAAGAGCCGUGGGAGAUGGGUGAUGAAGAGGCGGAAGGCUACGUAGGCGCCGAUGGCGCUAAGAGCGUCGUGAGAAAGCAGCUUGGCUUGGCGUUUAUCGGUGAGACGAUGGAGCAGAGGAUGAUCGUGGGUGAUUUCAUAGGGGACGCCCCGUUCUUUAUCAAUAAAUGGGGUUGGUGGAGAGACAAUGAAGACAAUGUAACCGCUAUACGACCCACUAAUACACCAGGGAAAUUCACAUUUUUCACGGGUGGAUAUAAGAACGUCAAAUACGCCGAAAUCUGCUCGAGUGAUGACGCGGUUAAAGAAUCUAUUCUCAAGGGGACUGGAGGAAGGACCGAUAUAAAGAUUGAGGAGUUUGGCCUCAAUACGGGCAUCCAAGAUUCCUACAACCUCGGAUGGAAACUCGCCCUUGUGAUCAAGUCGCUUGCUCCCCCUACGCUUCUGGAUUCAUACAACGACGAACGCGUGCCUCUCGUCGCUGAGAUGCUGAACAUCACCACGGAGCUCCUCCUAGUUGGGAGAAAAGCGCUGAGUGUAGGGCGCGAAGAGGCUACACUGAAGCGUGCCGAAAACCUCAGUCAGCUUGGCGUCAACUAUCGAGGGAGUCCCAUGAUAAUCGACGAAGAGGACAAUAUUGGAAAUAUAAAAGCACACGGGGAAGGAAAGGCGUUUAACAGUAGGUAUGGCAAUGCCGAUCGAGGAUCCGUGGUGAAAGCAGGCGAUAGGGCACCGGACGCCCCGGGUCUCGCCAAGGUCCAUCACACGAACUCCGUCGAAAGACCAACGACAAGACUUUUCAAACUCUUGACUCCAGCGAAGCACAGUGUCCUUAUUCUCUAUGAUCUCAUUCCCAACGCCCAGUUCCUGGCAGUGCUCGAACGUUUACAGAAGGUCUCUGCCUUGGGUAAUGUUGUGCAAGUUUUCGUCAUAAAAAAACCUGGAGUUAUCGACAUCAUAGAUACGAGUCAGUCCCCUCUUGCAGAGCAAUGGAUCUCUGUGUUUGAAGACCGAGGCGGACACGUGCAUGACGCAUAUGCGGAUCCGGACUUCACUGCGAGCAUUUUCGUCGUCCGCCCUGACGGAAUAAUUGGCGCCCGAGCUGGUAAAGAUAGUGACGAGAUUUUGGAAAAGUACUUUGCUUGUGUCUUCCUUUAG